GAUUUUCUCAAAGCCGAAUCCGAUGACAAAUAUAUGCUAUCGAAAUAAUUGCUUUUUACUAGUAUGUGAUUACACGAGUAUGAAAGAGAUCGUGCAAAAAUAAUUCAGUUGCAAAAUUAACCAUGAUAAAUUUCGAAUUCGAUUCACAUGUAAUGAUGAAAAUGACCAUUUUAUCGAAAAAAAAUAAGCUGUUAGUGAGAUAAAUCGUGUCAUUUCAUAUAUAUAUAUAUCUCCAAUAUAUAACCAUUAACAAUAGCUUAAUUAAUCCUUAAUCCCUAUUAACAAAAGUUGUAAAAAAAAAUUAUUAUCAAGAUUUUAUCUCUAAAAUUUUCCUUAGAGUGGAAGUAAAAGAAAAGGAGAAGAGUAUUUUCUUGAAAUUGAAUAUGGUGAAGAAAUACAGUUGGGUACAUUGUUUUUAAAUGUGGGCAUGUAUUUCCAGCUCUGAAUACACACAGUAAAAGGUAUGUCAAUGUGUGUAUAUAUAUGAAACAAAUACAUAGCAAAUAAAAACACAAUGCCAUGUGUAAAUUUCACAGAGGGAGAGAGAAAGAGAGAAGAGAGAAAGAGUAUAUGAGAAGCUCACUGAUGCUCUGAUUUUUAUGCUAGAGAGAGAGAGAGAGAGAGGUGUACUGUGCAAGGUUCACACACACACACACACACACACACACACACACAGAUAAAGACAGGAGAGGGGUCUCCAUUUCUCUUUCAUUGCAUUUUGGUUAAUUUCUUCAUCUCACUCAAACCCACAUUUGUUUUUCUGGAGUGAAGAACAAGGCUGUUGGGAUAUUUUCGCGAUUAUUUAAAGGUCGGAGCUUUUGGAACAAUGCUGAGGAAGAGAACAAGAUCACACCAGAGAGAUCAACACAUGAACAAUUUGAUGCCUGAUUCCGUAUCGGAGUCUUAUUUUCACUCCGAUACUUCGACUCAAAAACAUAAAAAUGAUACCUUUACGAAGGCACCUGGCCUAUUCGUCGGAUUCAAUCCCAAAAGUUCCGAAUCCGAUUCUGUUAGAAGUCCAACCUCUCCGUUGGAUUUUAGGAUUUUUUCGGGUUUGGGCAAUCCAUUUAGGUGUCCUAAGACACAAAACGAAGGGUGCGUUAAGAGCUGGGGUUGUAGCAAAGUAGGCCUAAGCAUUAUAGAUUCUCUCGAUAACGAAACUAAGCAAGCUGGGGAAUUCAAUCGACCCUCUGAAAAUAAAAACAUUCUUUUCGGGCGACAAGUGAAUAUUCCUUGUCCGAUUUUUUGUAGCCAUGAGAAAACCAACUCACUGCCUAAAGACGUUGCUGCAUUUUCGAAACGAGCCAAUGUUCGAAAGGGCGAUUCUAAUGUUGUGUUUGAAAUCGGAGAAGCCCCGUUUGAGCCCGAGUCAAACGGAGCUACCCGUGCUUGCUCGAUGGAUUCUUCCGGAAGGUACUUGAAGAAUUUCGGAAAUCGCAAAUCAAGGUUCGGGUCGGGUAAUUUGGUUCGUGAGAAUGUGAAUGUGAAUGUGAAUGUGAUGAAUCCGACGCCUUUAGAGUCUGGAUUUAUUAUUCCGGCGAGCGAAAUCGAGCUCUCUGAGGAUUAUACUUGCGUUAUAACUCACGGCCCCAAUCCGAAAGUUACCCAUAUUUACGGUGACUGCAUUUUGGAACGCCACAAGGACGAAAAUUUUGAGUUUUUCAAGAAAAUUGACGAUGGUCGUGGCUGCAUUUUGGAACGCCAGAAGGAAGAAAAGAUCGAGUUUUUCAAGAAAAUUGAGGAUGGUGGUGCUUCUAAUCCGCUCGAUGAUGAUUUCUUGAAAUUCUGUUAUUCUUGCCACAAAAAUUUGGAUGGUGAAGAUAUCUACAUGUAUAGGGGUGAGAAAGCAUUUUGCAGUAGCAAUUGCCGCUCGUUGGAGAUUGAGAAUGACGAAAAGACAGAGAAAGCCAACACCGAUUCUUCGGAAAUUUCCGACAGCUGCGAAGAAUUUUCCGGAAGCAGCAGCUUAUUCAUUACCGCUGCUUAGGCAGAACAGUCUACCGCACUGUGGCCAUGAUUGAUGAAACUAGUGGACCCCACACACCAUGAUUAUCCGUCUCCGAUUUCUACUAAGAGCUGGUUAUGUAUCUGUUUUGCGGCCUUGGACGGAUCAUCGAACGGACGUGCGAUUUUGUGCUGAUUUGGUGCUGUUUCAUCUCUCAUGGUUAUAGUGGGGAGUAGUUUUAUGGAAUAAAAGUUUUUUUUUUUUUUUUUUAAUUUAAAUAUACUCUGAACUUUAUAUAUAGGAUAGAGAGAGGUUUUAUUGUGGUGAUGUUGAUAAAGGGUAGUAGCCCUUUUAGUGGCUCCCCAAAAUUUUAUCACCUAUAUUUCAUUCUUCACCCCUCAAACUAUAUUUUUUAAUCAAUAUAAAAUGACUUUUUUUUUUUUUA